GCAUUUAACCUCAGCCCAGCUGAUCCAGAUGGCAAGUCAGAUCCCUACAUUGUGCUGAGACUGGGCAACACAGAAAUCAAAGACAGAGAAAACUACAUCCCCAAGCAGCUAAACCCAGUAUUUGGAAGAUCAUUUGAAAUCCAAGCUACAUUCCCCAAGGAUUCCUUGCUCACACUCCAGAUCUACGACCAUGACUUCGUGGGAACAGAUGAUCUCAUUGGAGAGACUAAAAUUGAUUUGGAAAAUCGUUUCUAUAGCAGACAUCGAGCUACUUGUGGAUUACAAAGUCAAUAUGAAAUAGAAGGGUACAAUGCGUGGCGAGAUGCAACCAAGCCAAGUGAGAUCCUCACUAAACUGUGUAAGGACUACAGGAUAAGUGGACCCUUCAUGCGGCCAGGGGAGAUACAAGUAGGAACAAAAGUCUUUAAGGGACAGACAGUCUUCACAGAAGAUGAGAAUGGUAAUGAAGAGCCAGUUGAAUCCUAUGAACAUCUCUCUUUAAAGGUUUUACGUGCUUGGGAAGAAGUCCCUGGAGCUGGAUACAAACUGGUCCCAGAGCACAUUGAGACUCGGCCUCUUUACCAUAAGGAUAAACCAGGCAUGGAACAGGGUCGUGUACAGAUGUGGGUUGACAUGUUUCCUAAAGAUAUGCCUCUGCCAGGACCCCCAGUGGACAUUUCACCAAGAAAACCCAAAGGCUAUGAACUGAGGGUAAUAAUCUGGAAUACAGAGGAUGUAAUUCUAGAAGAUGAAAAUAUCUUUACGGGGCAAAAAUCAAGUGAUAUCUAUGUAAAAGGGUGGCUAAAGGGUCUGGAAGAAGACAAGCAGGAGACAGACGUACAUUACAACUCCUUGACAGGAGAGGGCAACUUCAACUGGCGCUUUGUGUUCCCGUUCCACUAUCUCCCAGCAGAGAAACAAAUGGUGGUUAGUAAAAGAGAAAACAUAUUUUCCUUGGAAAAGACAGAGCGCAAAAUACCUGCUGAGCUGGUGCUUCAAGUGUGGGACUUUGAAAGACUCUCUGCAGAUGAUUUCUUGGGAACUCUUGAAUUGAACCUGAAUGGGUUCCCUCGAGCAGCAAAGACCGCCAAGAGCUGUGACCUAGGCACGGUCAUGGCAGCAAGUGAAGAAAAUAAGAUGUCCAUAUUUCAGCAGAAGCGUGUCAGAGGCUGGUGGCCUUUCAUCAAGGCUGGGGAGCUCACGGGCAAGGUAGAAGCUGAGUUUCACUUAGUCACAGCAGAAGAAGCUGAGAAGAAUCCAGUAGGCAAAGCUCGAAAGGAGCCCGAGCCCUUGGAAAAACCCAACCGACCAGAUACAUCCUUCUCUUGGUUUGUAAAUCCUUUCAAGUGUUUGUAUCACCUGAUCUGGAGAAAUUACAAGAAGUACAUCAUCAUCGGCAUAAUUCUACUUAUUCUCAUUGUCUUCCUGGUGCUCUUCAUCUACACGCUGCCAGGUGCAAUCAGUCGUAGGAUAGUUGUAGGAAAACCGUAGGUUAUGAAUCUCAUUGUAACCAAUCAUAUACAAA